ACUAAAUCUUGCGCUUUGUCAAUAAACGUAGUGACUUUUUAGGGAUCGUCAUUUUGCAUGAUUUCUCUGCAAUUAAAACUCAAGAAUCAUGGAAACUCUGGCAGUCGACUGGAACAUGUUUUUUCCGUUAAUACUUAACACAGUGAUGUCACUAAUUGGAUUUGUAGUGACUUUGAGGUUGUUACCGAUGUCGUUUGAGCUGUUUCUGAAAGCUGGACUGAGUGGUCGAGAUAUGAGCAAAAACACGCCCCCAUCUGGGCAGAAAGUUCUUGUACCUGAAUCCCUUGGUGUGAUCGCCGGAGCAAUAUUCCUGAUUAUCAUGUUCUUCUUUAUUCCUGUCCCCUUCUGGAGGUCAUGGUCGGAGAAUAGUUAUGAGGAUUUCCCUCACCAUAGGUUUGUUGAGUUUAUUGCUGCAUUACUCUCAAUAUGCUGUAUGAUAUUCCUGGGGUUCGCUGAUGAUGUUCUGAAUCUACGUUGGCGUCACAAGCUUCAACUACCCACCAUGGCUACUCUACCUCUACUCAUGGUCUACUUUGUCAACUAUGGUUCCACCACGAUCAUGGUUCCAAAACCACUGGAUCAGGUCUUUGGACAUGACUUAAAUUUGGGUUUGUUGUAUUAUGUCUACAUGGGCAUGCUGGCUGUCUUCUGUACUAAUGCUAUCAACAUUCUGUCGGGGAUUAACGGACUUGAAGCUGGACAAUCUCUCAUCAUCGGGAUUAGCAUAAUCAUCUUUAAUCUUAUCCAAUUGACUGGUAAUUUGCCUGAAACCAGCCUCUUCUCAUUAUACUUCAUGAUCCCAUACUGUGCAGUGUGUGCCGCUAUCUUAUAUUAUAAUUGGUACCCAUCUAGACUCUUUGUCGGUGACACGUUCUGCUACUUCUCUGGUAUGACCUUUGCCGUUGUGGGAAUUCUAGGUCACUUCAGUAAGACGAUGUUACUGUUCUUCAUCCCUCAAGUCAUCAACUUCGUCUACUCUGUGCCUCAGCUGUUCCACAUCAUACCGUGCCCGAGGCAUCGCUUGCCAAAAUUCAAUCCAGAGACGGAUAAGGUUGGAAUGAGCUACACAAAGUUCAAGACAAAAGAUGUGAACAUUAUUGGCAAGUUGAUCCUAAAGAUCUUUGGUGCUCUACGGUUGAUUGAGAUCAGAGAAGGCUUGGGUGAAGACGGUGAAUACACAGAAUGCAACAAUUUCACCAUCAUCAACUUUGUACUAAAGCUCGUUGGGCCAACCCAUGAGGCUAGGCUAACAUCGUAUAUGCUAAUCAUCCAGGUGCUUGGAAGCAUUGUUGCCUUUACGAUCCGUUACCAGCUUGCCAGAGUCUUCUAUGAUGUUGUUGAAUAACUUUCUCUAGGUGCUUGGAAGCAUUGUUGCCUUUACGAUCCGUUACCAGCUUGCCAGAGUCUUCUAUGAUGUUGUUGAAUAACUUUCUCUAGGUGCUUGGAAGCAUUGUUGCCUUUACGAUCCGUUACCAGCUUGCCAGAGUCUUCUAUGAUGUUGUUGAAUAACUUUUAAGCUGUUGAAACAACUUUAAAAAUAACUUUCAAUUUUUCUUUAAUCGUCCAAAAAAUAGUAAUUAAACUAAUAAAUUAUACCUGUACAGAUACAGUACAUUUCUUGUUUUUUCUUUUCUUUUUAUAAUGUUAAACGACAAAACAAACUAUUGAUUUACUUUUAAUUCUUUGUAGAAUUGAAUCUCACCCCUUGUAAACUAUCAUCACCCCCCCCCCUAUCAAUAAUGUUUGUUUAUGCACCCUGUUCAACUCUUUGUCCUGACAAACAUCACUAUUUUGUGCUAGCAAUUGUGUACCUGCUGUCCCUUUUGUUAAAAGUCCUCAGUUUGAAUACAGCAUGUCACUACUUGUACAAGUAUUCACAAACACAAACUUUAAAUAGUGAUAUUGCUUUGUUAUAAUCUGCCCCAGAUCUCAUUAUUGUUGUACUCAGAAGAAGAAAAAAAUAAAUUAAUAUACAAUUGUUUAAAAUGUAUGCAUUUUAUAUAUUACAAUCAACUGAUAUGGAAUUUAUUUAUUAACAAUAUCAGCGCUGAAAGCUUUUUUUGUAUUUCGGUCGGAGAAGAUGUGAAGAUGUCAAAGAUCAACUUAUUGCCAGCUUUGUAAGAUUAAAUGAAAUAACAUUUGUUGUAAUUCAAAACAUGUUUCACUGUUUUUUACAAGAAAUAAAAACCAUUAUUAUGAAGUA